ACAAAACACAAAACAAGACUCUUCUCCUUCCUCUCCAGAGGGGUACCGGCGGAGGGAGGAGCUGACGAUGGAGAAGGAGGAGGGGCAGCAGCCGCCGCCGCCAUGGCGGGAGCAGCUGACGGUGCGGGCGAUGGUGGUGAGCUUCGCGCUAUCGGUGAUGUUCAGCGUGAUCGUGAUGAAGCUGAACCUGACCACCGGCAUCAUCCCUUCCCUCAACGCCGCCGCCGGCCUCCUCGGCUUCUUCCUGGUCAAGCUCUGGACCAAGGCGCUGGAGCACGUUGGCCUCCUCCGCACCCCCUUCACCCGCCAGGAGAACGCCGUCAUCCAGACCUGCGUCAUCGCCGCCUACGGCCUCGUCUUCAGCGGUGGCUUUGGAAACUACCUUUUUGGCAUGAGUUCAAAGAUCGCCAGCCAAGCCGCAGAAGCAAAUGAUUCAGAUAACAUAAAGGACCCAAGCUUAGGAUGGAUGAUAGGAUAUAUGUUCAUCAUUGGUUUUCUUGGACUGUUCUCUCUUGUUCCCCUCAGAAAGAUACUGAUCAUCGACUACAAGCUGAUCUAUCCAAGUGGCACUGCAGCUGCAUACCUUAUCAAUGGCUUCCAUACUCCUCAGGGUGAAAAGCAGGCCAAGAAACAAGUAUGGACACUGGGCAAGUCCCUCAUCUGCAGCUUCCUCUGGGGUUUCUUCCAGUGGUUUUACACGGCUGGUGAUGCUUGCGGGUUCAAAGCUUUCCCUACGUUCGGUCUCAAAGCUUAUGAGAACACGUUCUUCUUCGACUUUUCUGCUACGUAUGUUGGAGUUGGAAUGAUUUGCCCGCACAUCGUGAAUGCAUCGUUUCUCCUGGGAGCCAUUCUUUCAUGGGGAAUCAUGUGGCCUCUCGUAAGGAAUCAAAGAGGAGACUGGUAUCCUGCAGAUAUCCCUUCAACCAGCCUUCAGAGCUUGCAAGGUUACAAGGUAAGAGAAGGAAUGCUUUGGGGUGUCGAUUGGAUGUCAUCGUCCCUCUUCUACCCUCUCCUCUUCCUGCAGGUCUUCAUAGCCGUCGCCAUGAUCCUUGGAGAUGGCCUCUACAACUUGCUCAAGGUCCUGCGUCGAACGACAUCCUCCUUCUUUGCCGCCGUGUGGAGGAGCCCCGAGAGCGUGCUUCCCAUCGUCGACGACGACGACCGCCCUGCAGAGAGCCCUCCCGUUUCACCCGACGACCAAAGGCGAGCUGAGGUCUUCCUCAAGGAAGAAAUCCCUGGGUGGAUUGUGUAUGGGGGCUACGCCGCCCUGGCCGUGCUCUCCAUUGUCACGCUUCCCCACGUCUUCCCCCCUCUCAAGUGGCACUACAUCUUGGUGGCCUACGUGGUCGCCCCUGUCUUGGCCUUCUGCAACGCCUACGGUUGCGGCCUUACAGACUGGAACAUGGCCUCCACCUAUGGGAAGCUCGCCAUCUUCAUUUUCGGAGCUUGGGCAGGCGCCUCUCAUAGCGGUGUGCUCGCAGGCCUCGCGUCCUGCGGCGUCGUGAUGUGCACCGUUUGCACUGCAUCGGAUCUCAUGCAGGACUUCCGGACCGGCUACUUAACAAUGUCUUCUCCGAGGUCGAUAUUCGUGAGCCAAGUCAUUGGCAUCGCCAUGGGCUGCGUGAUUGCUCCCUGCGUCUUCUGGCUCUUCUACAAUGCCUUCACCGACAUCGGCGUCCCUGGCAGUCAAUACCCUGCACCUUUUGCUCUCAUGUACCGGAACAUGGCGAUACUAGGAGUCGAUGGCUUCUCCUCGCUGCCGAAACACUGCCUCGCUCUCUGCUACUCCUUCUUCGCGCUCGCCAUCGCCAUCAACCUGGCGAAAGACUUGUCUCCCAAGAAGGUGGCAAGGCUUAUACCGAUUCCAAUGGCAAUGGCCAUACCGUUCUACAUCGGAUCGUCCGUCGCGGUAGACAUGUCCGUAGGAAGCGUGAUACUGUAUGUGUGGGCAAAGAUCGAUCAGGAGGCGGCCGACGCAUCUGGUCUGGCAGUGGCGUCUGGCUUGAUAUGCGGGGAUGGGAUGUGGAGUCUUCCUCAAGCUGUGCUUGCGCUGGCUCAAGUGCGGCCACCAAUGUGCAUGCAGUUUGUUCAUGGAGAAUGAAUGAGACAGUCAAUUGGAGAUGUAGUUAAAAUACACAGGAGCUUCAUCUGAA